UGACAAUCACUAUGUACAUAGAGACGCGCUAGGGCGAUCGUUUAGGGAGGGUGCUCAGUUGGUCAUUUUCUCUCGUCCGAUUUCGUCGUAGCUCAGUCAUAACGCAACAGACAUGGCUGAUCAGGAGAAGAGAGGAGUUUUUAUUGCUAAUGGGAUUAUUUCAGGAUUGGUGCUGGCAUGUGGUACUGUUUUCAGCGCCUUGAUGGGCGUUUACUUUGACAGUCUCUUCAAGGAAGUGUCCAAUUUCACAGGCUUUGCAUAUCUCCCAGUGUGGAGCUUAGGCUUCGGUUACAUAGUACCAGGCCUUAUUGGGCUCCUAGCAACCUGCUGCCGGGCAAAAGGAGGCUACAUCACCCAGAUGGUGUUCUGCAUCCUUACUCUACUGGCCAUGGGGAUCUUCGUCGUCAUAGCCGGACUAGCAUUAACUGGUAUCAGUUAUGCCAACGCUUCCUGCGACUCCUCGUUUGACGAUGUCUGUACUGACAUUGCCGGGAGAUUCUUCGCUGUUCUCUACAGCAUCAUGGUCAGCAUGAUCCUUGGCUGGGUCCUCACACUGGUCAUCACAAUACUCGGCGGCGUGCUGGCCUGCCGACCACAGACCACCCCGGAAAUGGUGAUGGUGCCCAUGGCCCAGGUCUCCGUCUUAAGUGGCAAUCAUUCGCAGUACACCGGCGUCGCACCCUCCAUGGUAACACCAGCUACAAACGAAGGAUUUCACGCCGAAAAAUACUAGCUCUUCUGCUUUAGGUACAAGAGCCUACUAUGGACUGAGCUAUAUCUCCAAACGAUCUUCACCAAUUUAUGACAUGAAUGACGGGUGUAACAUUAUCCAUGGAAGUUAUACAGAAUGAACGUCUAGCAGUAAUUGCUGGAGAUAGCUGUAACAAACAUUGAAAAAUAUACCAUGACACAUUAGUCUCCUGUAUUCUGAUUGGUCCGUCAGAGGUAUCAAAUCUACUUUAGUCCAUGAGCUUACCAUGAAAGAGAAUAUUACUAGUUCGCAAAUCCGCCCGUUUGACAAUUACUUUAUUUCUUUGACGUUGCUAAGUAACGCGUUGAAGUUCCUACAAUAUUUGCAGAAAAAUGUGGCGGCAUAUUUCAGGUGGAAAACAUAACAACAAAAUAAUUAGAGUAUAUUAUAAUAUUCAGCAAGAUCAACGUGGAUUUAAAUUUUGGGGGCUACCCUGUCACGUACUGUCACGUCAUGUUAACCGCGUCACAAUACUUAGACUUCCCAUCUGAAGAACUUUAUGACGUCAUAAUAGGGAUGUGCACUUUAGAACAAAACAGUACUAAGAUCGCUCCAUUUAUUCCAAGGAUGUCAGUUUGAAUAAUGCCAAAUUGAUGUUUUGUGUCUUAUUGAAGCAUAAAAUAGUCUAAAAUAAUUGGUUUGAGUACAUGAAGCACAUCUAUGUGCAGACGCUGAAUUUGCCUUUUCAUCCAACUGAAAAUAUUAGUCUCAACUGAUGUCACUUAUCCGCUAUGACCGAAGAGUUUGAGUGAGUUUUGACAUUGUGCCGUGGUAGAAUGGAGAUAAACCAAAUGUGUUUUCAAUGUUGGGGUUUCGACCUUAAAUUCAAAUGUCUUUCAAAUUACUCCCAUGCUUGUCGUAGGAGGCGACUAAUGGGAUCGGGCUGUCAGGCUCGCUGACUUGAAUCGAUGCUCAUUAUAUCAAUCAUUGUAUUGUCUGGUCCAGAUUCGAUUAUUUACAGACCGCCGUCAUAUAACUGGAAUAUUUAUGAGUGUGGCGUUAAACAACAAACAAGCAAAUCAAAUGAAAUUUCCAGAUACAUGUAUCGAGUCUACGUUCGAAAGCUCCAACUUGAAAACACACAAGGUUUAACUUCUAAAUUCAUGGGAGUGGCUGCUGUGAUCCAAUUGCUUGAAACCCUUGUCAAAUAAGUAAUUUCUUCUCAAUCCCAAAUACUGAUAACAUUUGUAUUUUACAAUGUCGUUAACACGAUGUGUUUUCAGAUUUACGGGUGUUAUUGAGUGUUCGAUGCCGACACUAUUGACAUUUAUUUACCAAGACAGGGUAACAACAGGUACCAUCUUUUAACGUCUUUUGGUAUGACGCGGCUGGGGAUCGAACCCCGGACCUUCCGCUCUCCGGGCGGACGCUCUACCAGUAGACCACGGAGGCGGUUUCCUCAAAUCAGGAGAUUGCUUGUGUCUUAAGACAACUGGAUUUCAGGGUCAGAAUAUGUCAAUCACACCAAAGUUUGUCACAAGGGGCGACCAAACUAAAGAUGGAAUGUGCACAAUGUGUGGUCUGAUGUACAGUCUUUCAUUGUAACCUAUGGGAUGCAUCACUGUCGUUGUUCAUACUGUCAACCAUUGUUUUGUCUGUCAGAGAUUUUAUUAUUCACAGGCUGUAAUAUUCUUGACAAUAAACAAAACCCAAUCACUGAUGUCUGUAUACA